UCGCAUAGGGCGGCCACAGCGCGUGCGGAUCGCUUGUGGGAUUUUGCGAUAAUUCCUUACGAGAUUGAUGCCAACUUCUCGGGAGUUCAUCGGGCGCUCUUCCGCCAAGCGAUGCUCCACUGGGAAAAUUACACCUGCGUCAAGUUCGUGGAGCGCGAACCUCGUCAUCAGCACUACAUUACCUUCACGGAAAGGCCUUGUGGAUGCUGUUCCUUCGUUGGCAAGAGAGGAAACGGGGGCCAAGCAAUUUCUAUCGGUAAAAACUGCGAUAAGUUUGGCAUCGUUGUCCACGAGCUCGGACACGUCGUGGGGUUCUGGCACGAACACACUCGACCAGACCGCGACAAUCAUGUGCAUAUCAUCGAUAGGAAUAUCAUGCAAGGUCAGGAGUAUAACUUCAAUAAGCUCACCGAGGAAGAAGUCGGCUCGCUUGGGAUGCCGUACGACUUCGAUUCCAUUAUGCAUUAUGCAAGAAACACCUUUUCGAAGAGCACGCAGCUAGACACCAUACUGCCUCGGGACGACUCGCCAGGACCCACACCGAGGAAACGACCGGAGAUCGGUCAACGGGUUCGGCUCAGUGCCGGUGACAUCGCCCAAACCAACAAGCUCUACAACUGUCCAAGAUGCGGCCGUACGCUCCAAGGUCCCAUAGGUCGUCUUUCAGCGGCAGAGUUCGAAAUCGACGGGCUGUGCGAGUGGCGAAUCACAGCUACUCAUGGCGAGCGAAUACAGCUAAACAUCACGCAGAUGGACAUCUUCGAGACCGAGAACUGCGAAACCGACUACGUUGAGGUGCGCGACGGUUAUUGGCAUCAGAGCGAUCUAAUUGGUCGAUACUGUGGCACCGGGACGCUACCUGACACGCUCCUGAGCAGUGGAUACCGGAUGACGGUGAUCUACCGCACAUCCAGCAACGCCAAAAAGCACUCAGGAUUCGAUGCAACUUACGAAGCCAUUUGUGGAGGUGAACUGAGCUUGGAGGACACCUUGGUACUGCAGAGCCCAAACUACCCCGACGAAUACCGUCCCGCGAAAGAGUGCGUGUGGAAAAUAUCCACUGAAGAGAAAUAUCAAGUAGCUCUCAAGUUUCAGGCUUUCGAGGUGGAGAAUCACGAUAACUGUGUGUACGACUAUGUCGAAGUUGUCGACGGACACGAUAACGAUAGCCCCGUUAUCGGCAAGUAUUGCGGCUUCAAGCUUCCCGAGGAUAUCCGCUCUUCAGACAACAAACUCAUGCUCAAAUUUGUCUCGGACUCUACGGUACAGAAGGGAGGUUUUUCCGCCACGUUGUUCAAAGAAUUUGAUGAGUGUGUGAAUACCGAUCACGGAUGCGACCACAUUUGCAUCAACACAUUGGGCGGCUUCCGUUGCGAAUGCAAAAUCGGUUAUGAACUAAAUUCCGAUGGGAAAAAAUGCGAAGAUGCCUGUGGUGGAGUUCUCGAAGGGAUCAACGGUACCGUGACAUCGCCAUCCUUCCCCGACCUGUACCCGCCGAACAAAAACUGCAUCUGGGAAAUCGUGGCGCCUCCGCAGCACCGAAUCACCCUGAACUUCACACAUUUCGAACUCGAAGGAACCAACCAAGAAUGUGAAUAUGAUAGCGUCGACGUGAGUUCGAGGUCGCGAGAUGUCACGGUUAAGAAACACGGGAUGUUCUGUGGACCUCAGAAACCUCCUUCAAUAACCUCGGAAGGCAACGUGCUUCGGGUCGAGUUCAAUUCGGACAACUCGGUGCAGAAGAGCGGUUUCGCAGCGGUUUUCUUCACUGACAAAGACGAGUGCUCGACCAACAACGGUGGUUGUCAACACAUCUGUCGGAACACAAUUGGUUCGUAUCAGUGUGCGUGUUUCAACGGCUUCGUUCUCCACGCCAACGGUCACGACUGCAAGGAAGGCACCUGCAUGCAUCACGUCCUGUCUCAACAAGGCGGUGAAGUCAUCUCCCCGAAUUACCCGUUGGAAUACCCAACAAAGAAAGAGUGUGCGUGGCUCUUCUCUACUACGCCAGGACAUCGAUUGAAAUUGGAGUUCGACGACUUCGAAUUGGAGGCGCAUCAAGAAUGCUCGUAUGACAGCUUGUCGGUGUUCGAUGGAGAAAACACAGAUUCCUCUUCCUUGGGAAUAUUUUGCGGAGCUAGAGCUCCGCAUCCACUGCUGUCGUCAAGCAACAAAAUGUACCUCGUAUUCAAGUCAGAUGGAACCGUCAGCAGAAAAGGCUUCAGAGCGCGUCACUCAACAGUGUGCGGAGGGCGCUUGUCAGCGAAAUCAGUCAUCCAACAUAUCUAUUCUCACACAAAAUACGGCGACGCGAAUUACGGCAAUGGAGCCGAAUGCGACUGGCUUAUAGAGGCGGAGGGGAGUCAAGGACUCGUGCACCUGCAAUUCGUCGCGUUCGAGCUCGAAGGUGACAGCCCCAUCGAUUGCGGAUACGAUUCGUUGACGGUGUUUGAUGGAUAUGACGAUUCGAAUCCUCCUGUUCAGGUUUAUUGUGGGAACAAGGUUCCAUCAGAUGUCGUCUCAACGGGACCAGCGUUACUACUGCGCUUCAAGACAGAUGAUAACAUGAACGCGAAAGGCUUCUCAUUAUCAUACUCCCUGGAGUCCAGCACUAAUAAUAUAUCAACGGGUCUCACCAGGAUCUCACUCAAACCCCCUGUGUUCUGA